UUCUUCUUCUUUCUCAUUUCCUCUUUCUAUAUUCUCAACUUUCUCUCUCUACAAAUUACAUUCACAUUCUCAAUCUAAACCCUAAAUCUUCAUAUACAGAAACUAUAUAAGAAGAUAUAUAGAACACAAGAAGGUUGAAGAAGAAGAAGAACACAUUUGGAUAAUCAUCAGAUGUCUAAUUUGUAAUGAAGCAAAGGACAUCCAUUACCAGUCAUCUUCUUCUUCUUCUUCUUUCCAUCUCCGUCUUAUUAUUCCUCUCCGUUCAUGCCGACGACGACUUGACUUUCACCAAUGGAAGACUUACCGACGCCGAUGCUCAUUUCAUUCGUCAGCGACAGCUUCUCUACUAUCGCGACGAGUUCGGCGACAGAGGCGAGAAUGUAAGUGUCGAUCCUUCACUCAUUUUCGAAAAUCCUCGCUUAAAAGAUGCAUACAUUGCUCUUCAAGCUUGGAAACAAGCGAUACUCUCAGAUCCACUCAAUCUAACCGCAGAUUGGAUCGGAUCUGAUGUCUGUAACUAUACCGGUAUAUUCUGCGCUAAUGCGCCGGAUAAUUCAUCUAUCCGUACAGUCGCUGGUAUCGAUCUCAACCACGGUGAUAUCGCCGGUUACAUACCGGAAGAACUUGGCCUACUUACGGACCUUGCAUUGUUUCAUAUCAACUCUAACCGCUUCUGCGGUACUCUACCUCAUAAAUUCGAGCAUCUGAAAUUACUCUUUGAACUUGAUAUCAGUAACAACCGCUUCGCUGGAAAGUUUCCACGCGUCGUUCUCAAGUUGCCGAGUCUUAAAUUUCUAGAUCUACGAUUUAACGAGUUUGAAGGAAAAGUACCUUCAGAGCUGUUUGAUAAGGAUUUGGAUGCUAUUUUCAUUAACCAUAACAGAUUCCAGUUUGAAUUGCCGGAUAAUUUCGGUAAUUCUCCUGUUUCCGUCAUUGUUUUGGCUAAUAAUAAGUUCCAUGGUUGUGUUCCUGCAAGUUUGGGGAAAAUGGCGGAUACGUUGAAUGAGAUUAUUCUUAUGAAUAAUGGAUUACGGUCUUGCAUGCCGCCGGAGAUUGGAUUGUUGAAAGAGUUGACAGUUUUGGAUGUAAGUUUCAAUGAGCUGAUGGGACCAUUGCCGGAUUCGAUUGGAGGUAUGAUGAGUUUGGAGCAGUUGAACGUAGCGCAUAAUAUGCUGUCUGGAAGCAUACCGGAAAGUAUAUGUAAGCUUCCGAGGCUUUUGAAUUUUACAUUUUCUUAUAACUUCUUCUCCGGCGAGCCUCCGGCGUGUUUGGGAUUAGCUGAAUCGGAGGAUAGUAAGAAUUGCUUAGUGGAUCGUCCUGCUCAGAGGUCUAUUGCUCAGUGUAAGACGUUUUCAUCUCGGCCUAUUCAUUGUAGUGCUUUUAAAUGUAAGCCUUUUGUUCCUAUAUUGCCGCCACCUCCUCCACCGUCUCCUCCACCACCAGUUUACUCGCCACCACCUCCACCGCCGUCUCCUCCACCGCCAGUUAACUUACCGCCUCCACCAGUUUACUCGCCACCACCUCCACCGCCCUCUCCUCCACCGCCAGUUUACUCACCGCCACCACCAGUUUACUCGCCCCCUCCUCCGCCGCCGUCUCCUCCACCGCCAGUAUACUCUCCACCACCUCCUCCGCCGUCUCCUCCACCGCCAGUAUACUCACCGCCUCCACCUCCACCAUCACCGCCACCACCAGUUUACUCACCACCACCUCCUCCCCCAUCACCGCCACCACCAGUUUACUCACCGCCUCCACCUCCUCCAUCACCACCACCACCGCCGCCACCAAUUUACUCACCCCCACCUCCUCCACCAUCUCCACCGCCACCAGUUUACUCACCACCACCACCAGUUUACUCACCGCCACCACCUCCGCCAUCUCCACCACCACCAUCACCAAACCCUCCUUAUUGCGUUCGCCCACCUCCUCUACCUCCGCCAUCAUCACCACCUCCUCCACCUCCCGUCCACCAUAACUCUCCCCCACCACCGCCACCUCACUCACCUCCCCCACCACAAUAUCAAUCUCCUCCACCGCCUGUCUAUGUUUACUCAUCUCCACCACCACCACAGCCUAUUUAUUCACCGCCUCCUCCACCCAUUUAUUCGCCGCCGCCUCCACACCAAUCUCCUCCUCCUCCUCCACCCGUAUACUCAUCACCCCCACCCCCUAUCUUUUCACCUCCUCCACCCGUAUACUCAUCACCUCCACCCCCAAUCUUUUCACCUCCUCCACCAUCACCACCUCCUUGUAUAGAACCACCACCACCACCUCCACCCCCACCCCCACCGCCACCGCCACCACAUCCUCCAUUAUGUAUAGACUACUCUCCACCACCGCCCCCACCACUACUAUCACCUCCACCCACAAUUCAAUACUUAUCACCACCACCGGUUCAUCAAUCAUCUCCUCCACCUCCAUCACCAGUAUACGAGGGUCCAUUACCACCUAUCUACAGUGUUUCAUAUGCUUCACCUCCCCCACCACCUUUCUAUUGAUUCUUUUUUUGAGAAAUUCCUCUAACCUUUCUUCCUUACAAUCAUCAUGAUCAAAAACAAAACCAAGUACAAAGUCAAAUCCCCAUUGAAUCAAGAUCAUAAUCAUCAUCAUCAUCCCCUGUUUCUAUUGUCUGUUUGCAUAAAUUCUUCUUCCCCCCUUAUGGUAAUCUCAGUUACCAAAUUGAAUGAAGAUUUUUGAGAACAUUAGUGCAUAAAAAAAACAAAAGGUAUUGUUUUUUAUUAGAGGUUCAUCAUCCAAGUUAUAAUAUGAAGAAGCAUCAACAAGCCAGCAAAGGAAAAGGAAGGAGGAAGUCUCAAGUCUGAAUAUUUAUUUGAAUUUGUUAUGGUUAAAAACUCUUAGUUGUGAAAAUAAAUUGGUCUUUUUUAAAAAGAAAUGAGAGAUUUUAGUAGGAAGUUUAUUAUUACUAUUAUUAUUAUUAUUAUUAUUGUUUUAUGCAUGAUGUAUAGAGAAAAGACCAUAAAAAGUGUUGGGGCUUCUGGUUUGUGGGUUUCUUCUUGUUAUUACUAUCAUACUUUUUUUUCUU